UGGUAUGUCCCGUGAGGUUAUCGGAAGUUGUUUGAGCUGCCAUGUUUGGUUGCUUUGUUGUAGGCUUCUACAGAAUUAGUAAGUGUGGAAAUGGAGCCGAGCUGGAGUACGUUUCUCUUUCAACAGGCCAAUGAAGCCCUCCACCACCAACACCAGGUGGCCCAGAACAGCCUGCUGCCUCUUCUUAAUGCAGGAACUGAGCAAAUUGACCAGAAGCCUAUCUUACCCAUCCAAAUAGACCAAAAGCCACUUUUGCCCAUCCAAAUAGACCAGAAGAAUCCUUCCAGCGCUGCCGAACUUCUCAAAGACAAUGUGGCCAGCGGCGGAGGCGCAAGGCCACCGGUGCCCGUCAUCAAGAAGGAACACAAAGGCAAAACGCCAUUCGUAUGUGGUUAUUGCAACAAAGCCUUCCGGGACAGCUACCACCUAAGACGCCAUGAGUCCAGCCACACCGGCAUUAAAAUGGUGUCACGGCCAAAGAAGACCGCCCAGACGGCCCCCACUAUGGUGCCCAUGAUCUCCACCAUGCCACGCGAGAACAAUGGCCAACAGUCUUAUAUCUCCACAGUAGCUGGUAUCCUCUCCACAGCGACGACUUCUGUAUCCUCAGGGACAAGUAUCAUGACAUCAUCCGCAAUGGGAAACAUGCAGCAGCAAAACAUCCCCAAAAAGCCCCCCAAGCCUGUGAAGAAAAACCAUGGGUGCGAGAUGUGUGGGAAGGCCUUCCGUGAUGUCUACCAUCUGAACCGCCACAAGCUGUCCCAUUCAGAUGAAAAGCCCUUCGAGUGCCCGAUAUGCCAGCAGCGCUUUAAACGGAAGGACAGAAUGACCUACCACGUUCGCUCUCAUGACGGUGGCGUUCACAAGCCCUAUGUGUGUUCUGUUUGUGGGAAAGGCUUCUCCAGACCAGACCACUUGAGCUGCCACGUGAAACACGUACAUUCUUCAGAGAGACCAUUUAAAUGUCAAGUAACGGCCUGCACCUCUGCCUUUGCCACCAAAGACAGACUCCGCUCCCACAUGAUCCGACAUGAAGGCAAAGUGACUUGCAGCAUUUGUGGGAAGAUGCUCAGCGCAGCCUACAUCACCAGUCACCUAAAGACCCACGGACAGACCAACUUCAACGCCUGUAACAAAGGUAAAAAGACUAGUUCCGUAAAUGACAACAUGAACAGCAGAUUGGACACAUCAGGGUUAAGUUACCACUAUGGAGGGUUUGGUGGAAGAGAUGCGAACGAUGUGUGCAACUCUGCCUCGGCCACCCCGGUGACCAUCUCGGCCCCCAUCACUACAGCGAUGAACCGGAUCAACAUGAACAACAACAACGCCGUCACCAUCGCAGCGCAAAUGAACAUUAGCACCAACACGGUCAACAUCACGUCUCCAGUGAGCCUCCAGCACCCGGUCACAAUCACCGGGCCCGUCAACAUCGCCUCAGUCAACAUCCCAGCCACCGCGCCCAUGAAUAUCGCUCACCCCGUCGCCAUCACGACCCCCAUGCCAAUGAAUAUCGCUGGUCCACUCAACAUUGCCAUGCGGCCUGUGGACAGCAUGCCUUUUCUGUCCCAAGUCUUGCCUUCCUCUCCACCCUGGUAAUGAGAAAGGUGGUAGCGAACCAGAUAGAAAGAAAGGGAAAAUGAAGCGAGUCUCGCUCCCACUUUCUUCCCUGGACUUUGUUUACUUCACCAAACCUGGAGGAUACUGUAUUUUCACGAGCUUCGCCACCACUACAAGCUCCCCAGCUCUUGUCACGUGACUGGCACCAGCUGCCGGACACUUGAGUAGAUAUCCAGUAGGACUUAUCUUGAAAUCAGGAACAGACUUAGUGUAGUCGUUAGAAUAAUGAAACUGUGAUUUGUACCACGAAACGGAGGCGACGUUUUCUCCAGAAACGCUCAUUGUGUUUCUGCAAACGGGAGACCAGAGAUGGACAAAAGCAAUAACUUUACGUUGCUCUUUUUUGGUGAUAUUUUUUUUUUCUAUCAAGUUCUCUCCCAAAGCCUCUGGGUGUUGCUUUUUAUGUUAUUUUUAAAAGAAACCAUAGCCUGCUAAUCACUAUUUAAUAUUCUAGGAUACGAGUAUAGGAAAAGGGACAGCAGCUUCCAUUUGCAUGGAAGACUAUUUUUUCACCAAUAGCUUUUUUCUCUUCUCAAAUAGUAGAUUUGCUCUGGAGGUACAGUAACUAACUUGUACAGUUGACAUAGUAAUGUAUUUUCAUGUUUGCAUUUUUAAUCUUUGCUUUUGUGUCUCAAGCGGAAACCUCAAAAGUGUCCUCUUGAUUUUGAAGAUGUUUUUUUCUUAUGGAUUCAAAUGUUUUGUUUUUCUUUUGGGGGGUAGUUGUCUUUAUUUUUCAUGAAGUCAGAAUAAGUUUUGCACUGAAAGCGUGUCCACCAUACAGCUGAGCAGCAGUAUUAUCAAAGAUCAAAGUCAGUCCUUUUCUUAUUUUUUGGGGGCACCAUUUAGUGUCCACAACUGGAAAGGCAAGAGCAAGCUAUUGGGCAGUGGCUUGUUGUUUAUCUGUAUUUGCUUUUUUUUUUCUUUAAUGGAUUGUGAAUAAUGACCCGAAAAUAACACUAUGAACCUUCACCUGGGAACGAAAAUGCAGUUCCUUCACCAGUGGGUUCCUUUACCAAGCUGGACAUACACUGUACCAUUUUAAUUGACCGCACAUUAUUUUUUAAUUAUUUUUAGAGAUAAAUGUUCACAACGGGAGUUCUGUAGUUCCAGGAACAUGUCGGAGUCUCUUGACCCAUGUCCCGGUUAGCGCUGCCCUUCGACGCCAGUUCUGCUCACCGAUACUUCAAUGUGGCAUUUUUUUCAUGGGCUUUGAGGUCGCUCCUGUUGGCCGUUGACCCGCCUUAGAAUGUUUCCUCCACCAGAAAAGCACCCAAUGUCCAGGUGUAGCGCCCACUCCCUGUGCCAGAUGGGUGCGGUGAAAGAGGAGGAUUUACUAUGCCGACCCCUUAAGGGAAAUGCUGAAAGGAGGUCUUUCUGCACUUACUUAGAUACGGGCUGGGUGUCCCUCAGCGCUAUGUACUUCCAUGGCUGGACUACGUCCUCUCGGGGGGUGAAAAAAAACGGUUGUUAGCUACAAGUAUUUGGGAGAUCACCUCGUCACACAGCCACGAUUUAACCCCAAAAUUAAACUGACAGAACACAAUCUGACGUUACGAACCCAACAAGGUUCCCCCGCACAUAAAAGUGGAUGUCUGUGAAAAAUGUUUUACCUUUUUGCUCAUGCUUAUGUUUGGCAAUGAUUUUUUUAGGCAAGUCUUUUUUACACUGUAACGUUUUUCUGUAUGACAGCGAUGACGACGACGACGAUGAAUCGAUAUUAACAGGCAACUUUUUUGGAGUUUUAUAGCCAGCUUACUCUGGUGCCACCAUGUGUAGUUGUUCCCUGUAUUUCGAAAGCGGCAAAAAAAAAAGGCUCAGAAGGACAAAGGCCAUCAUGCGGCACCAGCGAAAGAGAAACUGAAACAGUGUACGUCCAGCUUCAAUGAGUUUUAACCUAAUCAUUCAAUUGUUACUGAAUCUCCCAGGAUUGUGGUGCUCCUCGAUUUGGCAACAUAUCCAACCCGAACCAGAAGUUUGAAACCAAUUAGCCGUCCAUCUAUCUUCAAUGACUGUAUGAUUGCAUCAAUACUGUAUCUUUCUAAAUCCAGUUGUGGCUGGACAAGUGCGAUUUGAACGUUGUAACCAUGAAAGUAAGGGGGACAGGAUCGAACGUGCAUGACACUGUAGCUGGUGAGCAAGAGCUAUUUUUUUAUCGAAUGCCAUGUUUCUCUCAACAGUGUUGCAGCUCUUUGUGUUGUUUCAGUUGAUGCUGAAAAGAAAAUGCAAAAUGCAUGUUCUGUCUUUGCUCCCUGAUUAUUGUUUAAAGAUGUUAGUGUAGCUUUUAUUUCAUUGUUCUUAUGCAUUUACGUAGAUACACUAUGCUAGCCUGUUUGCCAAAUUUGAUAAUGUGAUAAACUGAAACAUUUGUUGUGGAAUUUAACAUCUCUUCAUUUUUACGGACAAAAAAAAAAUACAAAUUGGGUUUCAGUUGGAUUCCAGGACCCUUGUGAAAGCAGUUGAAUGUAUAUCUUUGUAUAAACUAUUUUAGUUGCAAGAAUACAGUAGUUACAAUAGAUGUGAAAGAUAAAAAAAUAACCUUUUUUUAUAAAUCUUUUGUAUUAGAACAUUAACAACGGUAAUUUUGUAUAUACGAGAAGCUAGGCUUUCUGAGUAGCAGAAAGGUCAAACAUUCCUACAUUUUUUUAAAUGUAUGUUUGUCAAAUUAUUACAUAAACAUGCGCAAUGUUAUGUGCCUUUUAUUUGGGUUGUCUAAAUAAAAGAAAACU